UCAUAACAGGUUGAUCCACAGGAAUGAUGCACAGAAAUCAAACUGUUGUGACUGAGUUCUUCUUCACUGGAUUAACCUCCUCCUUCCAUCUCCAAAUUGUCCUCUUCCUGACAUUUCUCUGUGUUUAUCUCGCAACUCUUCUGGGGAACCUGGGAAUGAUCAUUCUUAUUCACCUGGACACUCGACUCCACAUCCCCAUGUACUUUUUUCUCAGCCACUUGUCCUUUGUGGAUGCCUGCUCCUCUUCUGUCAUAAGUCCUAAGAUGUUGUCUGACAUGUUUGUGGAUAAAAAGGUGAUCUCCUUCUUAGGUUGUGCUAUCCAGCUUUGUUUAUUUAGCCAGUUUGUAGUGACAGAAUGUUUCCUCCUGGCCUCCAUGGCUUAUGAUCGGUAUGUUGCCAUCUGUAAGCCUUUGCUGUAUACUCUCAUCAUGUCCCAGCGAGUCUGUGUACAGUUAGUGAUUGGCCCUUACAGCAUAGGCUUUGUAAGCACUAUGGUCCAUAUUAUUUCUGCAUUUGUCCUUCCAUACUGUGGUCCAAAUCUCAUCAAUCACUUUUUCUGUGACCUUCUUCCUGUCCUCUCACUGGCAUGUGCAAAUACUCAGAUGAAAAAACGUUUGCUUUUCAUCGUGGCUGGGAUCCUAGGUGUAUUCAGUGGUAUAAUCAUAUUGGUGUCCUAUGUUUACAUUGCCAUCACCAUCCUAAAGAUCAGUUCUGCUGAUGGGAGGCGCAAAGCCUUCUCCACCUGCUCUUCACACCUGACAGCAGUCUCUAUUCUUUACGGGACUCUCUUCUUUAUCUAUGUACGUCCAAGCUCCAGCUUCUCUCUGGAUAUCAAUAAGGUUGUGUCACUAUUUUAUACCACUGUUAUCCCUAUGUUGAACCCAUUCAUUUAUAGCCUGAGAAAUAAGGAAGUCAAAGAUGCAUUAAUCAGGACAUUUGAAAAGCAGUUUUGCUACAGCUUUCAAGAUAAAAUACUAUAAAUAUAAACAUUAUUAGAUACCAGGGUAUCUAAUUCAAUUUUUGUCAUUCAAUAUGAAAGUGUUUAGAACUUUUAACUGAGAUGUUUGGGUUUUAGGGUG